CAAACAUGUCGUACUCGGACUCGUACGAUGACCGGUCACCUGCAGAGCACCUUCUUGUGCGGGUGAUCAAGGGAGUGGAUCUGGCAGCGCGUGACUCGUCUGGCAAGUCUGAUCCAUAUGUGGUGAUCAAGUAUGGCAAGGAGAAGGCCAAGACGGCGUACAAGGAGCAGACUCUCGAGCCGCAUUGGGAGGAGACCCAUCAGUUUCCCUACGACAAGUCGGCGACAGCCAUUGAGCUCGAGGUGUGGGACUGGGACAAGAUCGGGGCUGAUUUUAUGGGUCGCUGCUCAGUGCCCAUUGAGGACAUUCCCUUUGGUCGCCCAGAGGCCCUCUGGUACGAGCUCCGUGACAAGAAGGGCCGCGUGACAAAGAAGGCUCAUGGCAAGAUCCUGGUCGAACUCGGCUUCAUCCUCCCCGAGGCCGACGGCAUUCCUAUUCGCACCGGCCUUGGUGACGACUACGCUGCCUACGGCUCGCAUCCGGCCUAUGCUCCGCGUCCGGCCGGUCCGCACGGCUACCCGCCGCACUACGCCCAUCCGAGCUCGCGCCGCCCGCCGGCUCGCCGCGACCCCAAUCUUGAUCGCUACGGCCGCCCGCGCGACCCACUUGACUCGGAGGCUGGAUACCACCAGGCCUUUGAGCGCGAGUACCGUGCCAUGGUCAACCGCGUCGUCCGCGACGCCCACGGCCUCCGCUCGGCAGGCGGCGAAGCCCUCCCAUCGCACGCCCAUCUCCCGUCGCACGCCGCGCCGCCGCAGCCUGCCGGCUACGGCGCCGGCUACGGUCACAGCUACGGAUCCGGUGCGUACGGUCCCGGCGCUUACGCCUCGGGCUACCCGCCCGCUUCGGCCGGUGGCUACUACCCGCCGCCGGCUGCCGACAUUGUCCCGCCGUACUCGCGGUACGGCGACAUCCUGUGA